AUGGAAAAGAAGAAAGCUGAAAAGCAUGGGGACAAACCCCUCCUGCGCAAGGACGAGCAUUCUUUGCCCCCAAGUUAUCCUUUAGGUCAGCUUGUCGCACCUUUCUCUCUGUUCUGCAACACAAUCCAUAACAGGCCUGAAGACGAGGAAGAAGAGCGCCAUAAGGAAGGAUGGCAUGACUAUGACGCUAUGAUGGAGGCAUUCAGAGAACUGCCAUUCAAGGAUUAUUUGAAAAAUGAAUACAAGAAAGUUUCUAUGGAUUUGCGCUGUUGCAUUGAGAAACUAUAUAAUGAUCAUCCAAGAAUUUCAGAAUCAGAACAGAUCUUUCAGUGUAUGCAAGAAGUACUUGAAUUAAUCAAAAUUCUCCAUCCUUUGAUAAAUUAUAACAGGGGUAAUGAUGAUAUAUGGUUAGAGGAAAUUCUUGAGGGCAAAGUAGAAGAGGACUGUAAUCCCGUUUCCUGGCCUGAGAAGCUAGCCUGUGUGCAGACUAGCGCAUGCAGUGAAUCCAAGUUCAAGCUGGCUAGAUCCCUGUGUGUGCAAGAAUUAAGAUAUCUUUGCAAAAACCUGAUUCUUCCAGAUUGUUAUAGCGGGAGGGGAGUUCAACACUAUCUUCUGCAGAGAACGAAAUGUAUUCUCUGUACAGUUUCCAGCUCUUUCAGGUUGUACAAUGUGACCAUGGGUAAUUACCCUUCAUCAUCUGAUACAUGUUUGGACAAGAAGACUGAAAAUUUGAAUCUUGGCUUGCUGAUUGUCGACGAGGCUGCACAGCUCAAAGAGCGUGAGACCUUAAUUCCCUUGCUGCUGCCUGGCAUAAAGCAGGCUGUUUUUAUCGGAGACGAAUAUCAGUUACCUGCUCUGGUGAAAAGCAAAAUAUCUGACAAUGCUAAAUUCGGUCGAAGUGUUUUUGAGAGAUUAAGUAUGCUGGGUUAUAGUAAGCACCUUCUCAAUGUGCAAUACAGGAUGCAUCCAAAAAUAAGCAAGUUUCCAGUUGUUACAUUUUAUGAUGGCAAGAUAUCUGAUGGUCCCAAUGUCACUACAGAGAGCUAUGAAAAAAAGUUUUUAGUAGGCAAAAUCUUUGGGUCAUACUCCUUCAUAAAUGUAGAUGGAGGACAUGAAACAACUGAGAAGUACGGGCGUAGCCUGAAAAACACAAUUGAAGCUGCUGCCGUUUCGCGGAUAGUGCAGAGGUUGUUCAAAGAGUCAUUCUCUACAGGAAUCAAAAUCUCUGUUGGUGUCGUGUCCCCGUAUAAUGCUCAAGUUAGGGCAAUCUCUGAAAAACUUGGGAAAUCGUACAAUAGGUAUGAUGGUUUCUCUGUGAAAGUGAAAUCUGUGGAUGGCUUCCAAGGCGCAGAGGAAGAUAUCAUUAUCAUAUCAACUGUGAGGAGCAAUAAAGCUGGUUCUGUUGGAUUUCUCACAAACACGCAGAGGACCAAUGUGGCUCUCACAAGAGCUAAGCACUGUUUAUGGAUAGUAGGAAACGGGACGACGUUGUCCAACAGCAAGUCUGUUUGGCAGAAGAUAGUGAAAGAUGCGCAAGACCGAGAUUGCUAUUUUGAUGCCGAUGAAGACAAAGAUCUUUCAAAUGCAGUAAUCAAGGCAGUAAUCGAGCUCGGCGACGAUGAUAAUGUAAGGAAAAUGGACUCGCUGGAUAUAAACAAGCCAAGGUUUCAGUUCAACACCCCCCUCAGCCGGAACUCCAUGACCGUGGAUGUUGAGGCUGGACCUGAACUCGUGGAACACCAGCGACGGUAG